AACGAAAGUUCAAUGGCGUCUCGCGCGCAAUCGCAUUUUGUCUUGUCAGUCUUGACAGACAUUACCUGCAAAUGCUGGUCACACAUUUGUUUGUUGUCAGAAAUAUAUAACUUAUUUAAAGUAUUCCAAGUGGUAUUACUACAAUCAGACAGUGCAUUGUUGUCUGAAUGUUUUAGAAGGAAAAUCACUCGAAUGUGAUCCUCAUAACAAAAAAAGCGUUCUUCGGUUACGUCACUAGGCCAUUUUGUAUUCGUAAAAUCUUUGUUCGUGAACAGAGAAAAUUGUAAGGUUUUUCGUAAACCUCGUGUUCUUUUUUAGAGUGUUAUUAAAAAUUUUUCAAAAUUCCGGUGCCCACGAGAAACAGGGAUCCCGGCCACUACGGUAGCGGUGAUAUGAACAACAAAAGGAAAAAUCGAGGGGGCCCUGUAAGGACUCCUAGACCUGCCAGAUCUGUGGUAUCAGAGGGUGUAUACAAUAAUCCACAUUUUAUGCAUACGGCGACUGGACAAGUUGGAAAUGUUGUUAGAGUAACCACUGCUUCUGGAGUUGUUUGGGAAGGUGUAUUUAAGACGUUUUCUAGUAGAUUCGACUUAGCGUUAGAAGUUGCGGCCAAAUUAGACAACCCAGAUAGUCCGAAUCCUCAAGUAAAACCUGAUACUUACGUGGAUAAAAUCAUAUUCAGGGCAUGCGAUGUUUUGGCUAUGGUAGCAAAAGACGUAGAUCUGGAAUAUCCUACUAGAGAUACUUUCCAAACUGAUACUGCCAUUUCAGCUAGACUUAACGGUAAUCUUAAACCAGAAGAAAGAGAAUUAGAACCAUGGGACUCAUCAGGAAUCAAUGGUACAGAUAUACAACUUGAAUUGGACCAAGCUAACGGCUGGGAUGCGAAUGAUAUGUUUAGAAAGAAUGAGCAAGAAUAUGGAAUUCAGAGUACAUAUGAUCAGUCUUUGAGAGGUUAUACAGUACCCCUUAAAACUAGCGACAGCGCUGAUUAUAAAGAAGCGGAAGCAAAGGCAAAUCUGAUAGCGAAUGAAAUAGAGAACCAACCUCAACAUAAAGCUAGGUUAGAAUUAGAAAACGGCGACGAAGAAGCUGCUUUUGCUGCCGUCGUUAGGCCACAUCAAGAUUCAGCUAGCAACGGAAAGUAUCUUCCACCAGCAAAACGGAAGAAUCAAAAUAACGGAAAAUUGGUUAGAAGCACUCCACCUCCAAGUCAAAGUAGUAGUAAUCAGAAUACUCCAUCGCCAAAAGAAACUAGACCACCUAUGGCAUUCCCGGCUUAUCAAUCUCCUAUUCAGAAUAAUUCACAUAUUCAAACAGGACCACUGCCAAAUCAACAGCCCCACAUUCUUAGUGCCCCAAUUCAUUCAUCUCCUAUGAAUAUGCAACAACAUCCGAUGCAACCUCCUAACCAUGGCCCUCCACACCCACAUUCUCACACACCACCUCAUCAAUUUCAACCGCCUAUUCAAACCAGACAACCUCCUCCUCCUCCUCAACCAAUAGUUCAGCAACCCCCUCCUCAACCCAAACCUCAGAUGAAUGGAGAAGCAAAAGGAGCACCACGUCAACAAAGGGUUUAUCAAAAUCAGCAAUAUCCACCAGAAAUGAAACCAGAUAUACCAGGACCAUCUCAUCCACCAAGGCAUAGAGAUGAAACUAUAAAAGAUUUACAUCAAUUUGCACAAGAUUUUCAAUUGGCACCUUUACCAAAUGAACAGCCUCCGCCGCAAAUACAAGCCCCUCCUGUAGUGGAGCAAGUGGUUCAACCUAUACAACAAAUUUCACCACCUAACAAACCUUUACAGCAGCCAUCACCACCCCAACCCCAACAAUCAAUCAGCCCUAGACAAGAAAAUAUAGAAAAGGUCACAAACACUUUGAAAAAAUCCACUCUGAACCCAAACGCUAAGGAAUUUGUUUUGAAUCCUACAGCUAAGCCAUUUCAACCUAGGUCUCCAAGUACUCCAUCGGCAAGCCGGCCACAUACUCCACAAACGCCUAGCCAUAGCCCAUAUAUCCCUGCUACUGUUGGUGGUCCAGCAGUUCAGCCUCCAAUGGCUCCACUCAUGAUGCCGGUCCAUUAUGUUAUGACCAGUCAACCACAAUAUCAACCUCCACAAGGCAAUAAAAUACGUCGCUUACCGAUGAGAACAGACAUGGCACAGCAAAUGCAGGUAGCAGCUGCUACUGGUCAGCCGCUACUAGCUCCAGCUCCAAUCCAACAGUUCAUGUAUCCACCAGCAAUGAAUCAGGCUUACCAACCAAUGCACAUGACACUCAGAACUUAUGAGCCUUCUCCACAAAUUCAGUAUAUGCCUCCCAAUCCACAUCCAUCACAGACACCAUCUCCGGCUCAGCCUCCACAAUAUAAUCCAGCUCAAGGCCCUCAAGCGCCACCUCAGCAGUGUCAAGCAGCACCACCACCACCGCAGAGUCAUCAUCAAUUUCCAUUAAUGUAUCCGAUCAUACCAGCACAGCCACAUAUGAUGCAAAGCAUGCAAUAUUUGCAGCAAGCCCCUCCGCCUCCUCAACCACCUAUGCAAGUAUUGAUGCAUCAACAUCACGGACAAGGAAACCCACAUGGACCUAAUCCUUAGCGCUAGCGGUGGUUGUUGUCGUAGGUAAAUUUCAAAAUAUUAGUAUAGGCGCUAUCUCGGUGCAUGUAUGUUUUGUCUUCGUCCUAAAUUUGUUUAUUUAAUAUCUUAAGGUACUGAUCAAUUGCAUUGUUAUUGGCAUAAAAAAAGGGGGAUGAAACGACUGUCUCAAACGUUGUAAGGAGACUAUACAUUUAUUGGUACAAAGAAAACUGCAGAGGGUAGGUUAAUAGAAAACAAAAGAGAAAAUAAAAUGACUGAACUAAAAUUUUUUAUCUAUUUUAGCGAUUGAAGUAUUAUUAAUGAACCACUUUCGCAAAACUUUGUCGCAUUGUUAUGAAAUGAGUUGAGGUACUCCAAAAACAUUGUGAUGAAAAGAAAAAAAAAGUAAAAAAAGGUAUCCUUGCACGUUUGGGACAAAAUAAACGAUAACAAGAGAGAAGAUUGGCAGCACACACUAGUCAAGUAUAAUAAAGGAAUAUGGCAUAAAACAAAAAUUAUCAUAUAAGAUAAAAUAAAAGGUUCGAGCAAUACCUAGAAACACGAAUGUUUUGUUAUAUAAUUUAUACGAAUAUUAAUGGUGGCGAGUAUAAAUAGUUAAUGGAACCACAUUUAUUUAUUGCUACCAAGUAAUGGCAGCAUUCGAAAUCAUAUAUAAAUUAAAUCAAAAAUAACUAAAAAGCAAACUUGAUUAUUAAAAAGGAAUAUAUUAAUCAUACAUCAAGAAUAACAAAUUGAAAUUAAGGAGAAAUUCUUUGACAUAUUUUACUUACUGAAAACAAAUGAAAUACUUUACAAGUUACGAAUAUACGGGAGAUGUUCAGAAAUUUGAUUUGUGAAAUAAAAAAGACAGUACUGCUACAGUAAAAAAAAUCACUGUGCACAAAACUCUGCAUUUGUCGACGUAGCUCCUGUGCUUUUCUAGGCAUAUUUUUGUAAAUCUUCUUCGUAAAAUGGCUGUGCAUUGAAACAUGUUCAUUGUUGUACCUCGAAGGAGGUUGAUCAAAUAAACCAAUCUGAAGCCUUGUAGGAGUCAUUUUGUCAAUUUGUAGUGUCUGGUCGGGUAUUGUUGUGAAUGAACAAACUACGCAUUGUGUGAGUUUUCCCUACUUUCUUUACUAAUACACCUUGUAUACAUCUCUUCUGAUUGGAAGUUUAAGCAAGCCUACAAUACUAUGAAUUUUGAGGAAGUAUACCAAAAAUUCUGCAGAGGUGAUGUUUUUCAGUACCGCAAAUUACUUUCUCUAUCUUUUAAUUCUCCCAUGAAUGAUUAUUAUACUGUAUAUUUGUUAUACUUCAAUAAAUUAGUGUAAAUUGUAUUUUAAAGCAAAACUCCCUUGUUUAUAUCAUACAAUAAAAUUUGGAUUUAUUGUAUGAAGAGAUCAGUGUCUAUGGGAAAUAAGAUAUUAAGUGAAUAAUUUUAGGGCACAGUCACACAUACACCUAGUCGGGGCGUCUAAACUAAAUCUACAUUAUCAAAUUUUUAAAUUCUGGUGGGUUAAAAUCAUGAUAAUGUUAAAAGUUGGCGUUGUUAUUAUAAAAUUAACACCAAAAUUACUAGGCAGGAAAUUUGAAACAUGUUUCUAUAUUUCUGUAAUGUACACUUUUGAAAUCUGAUAUAUAUUAUUAACAAUGUCGAUAACGUAGUGUUUCUAUUUUCAGUCUAUUAUUUACCUUACACUGAAAUUCUGAAGUAUAUGAAUAAAAGCAAGUACUGAUUAAUUCUGGUAUUGGAAAACUUGAAAUAUGUAAACUUUUUUACUGAUUGGAAUCAUAUAAGUGGAUAUAUUGUUAUCCAACUCAUUUGCUUUUGAACUAUUUUCAAAACUUGAUUAUAUUAUAUUAUAAUAUUAUUUAUAUUAUAUUAUAAUACAUUAUAAUACGAUUAUCAAAUUGUAUAUAAACGUCUUAUGGGUCAAGACAAUUACUUGGAAUGUAUAAAUUUAUGCUCAAAAAAUUUACUAAUAAUUUUGGAAUUUUGAGAAAUUCCUUUUUGGCCAACUAAGCUAAGCUCCAUUGCUUUGUAUUACCGAAAAAAAAAAACAAUAAUUGUGUUGUGAUACCAUCACAAUAUGUGGUAGACUCAAGAAGAAAAUUAAUUCUAUCAGUUUUCCACGAAAAGCUGACAGUCUCAGAAUAUAUUUUUUAAUAUUUGCUACACAUUUCGGCUCAUUUUUUGGUUAAAUGAAGAUUACAAAAUGAUGAGAGUAAUGUUUGAACAAAACCAACUCCAAUUAAACCACAAACAUUUCUGAUUUUUAAAUCUUGUUCUAUUUAAAAAUACACUCCCAUAAGAUAUUUAUUCUCAAAAUAUUUUCAAAGUAAUCAUAAUACUCAAAUAUUAGUAUUGACAUUUUAAAAAAUACAAUUUUUGUUGGAAAUAAUAUACAAACAUUAUUUUCAUCCCAAUUUAUAAUUCAUUUUAUAAUAAAUGAUCAUUUUGCUUGAGCUGUUCAUAUGUUGUAAGUUCUCUUUCAUGUCGGUAUUACAUUAUACUCAAUACUAAUUCAGAAUAUAUACACAGUUCUUCAAUGCAUGUGCAGAAAUUCGGGAGUUUAUAUUCCUUAUGAUAUAUUGAUAGAUCCUUCCUGUAAAACAAUUUCUUUGUCUCGCCCCUUUCCGAUAUAUCGCCUUUUAAAAUUGAUGAAAAUUAAGUAAGGGACUAACCACUAAGCUCCUCGCGUGAGUAAACUAGUAUUUUCACACUCUGAAAGACUUACACUAUUACGCUGACUGUGGCCAUCUUCUAAGGUCUCCGCGAUAACAGAAUUAAGGCUCAUUGCAAUACACAGACAGUGAUAAUACUACAUAAACAAUAUGCAGUAGACAGAUAAAGUGACAAAAACAAAAAAAUAUGCUUAUAAUGGUUUUUAGAAAGUUAGGUGAGGGACUUUUUUGUCAAAUAUUUAUCAAAACAAUAAAAACCUUUUGUUUAUUUAAGCAAUCAGUUAGGGAACUAUGAUACAACCAAACAUAAAACCAAAAAAUAUCUAAAAUUAGUUCAAAUUACGAGAUGACUCUAAUUUUAUGCCCGAAAUUGUAAUUGUAUUAAAUUGGUACAAUUUAUAUAUUAUUUUUUGUCUCUAGAGUACACAGAUGAAUUAAAUUAUUAAUUAUAUUUGUUCUAAGAGUAUUUCCCAAUUUACUAGUUAGUUUUAAACUCAUUUCUACUAACUUAACCAGAUAGAGUAAAACUAUUUCUCUAGACCUCAUCCAGUUUGUUUUUAUUAUACCUAAAACAUUUAUCUGAAUAUAUGUAUAUGGAAUAUAUUUGUAUAGUCUAAUCAAGACAACAACAGGACUAUACAUAAAUCACCACUUAUGUUUUUUAUAGAUUCCGUCAAUAUUUUUUUAACUAAUAAGACUACUUAAAAACAAACAAAAAACCAAAUUGAUAGAAUUUGAAUUGUUUUCUAAUUGAGUGAUUUAAAGGGGUGUAAGACACUUUAUUCUUUAUUCAUAACUUUGAUAUAGUGUAGCUCGCUUUGCUCAAUCGUGAGUUUGAUGUCAGAGAAAUGUAGUAAUAGAUUUCAAAAGAAAAAAUCAUCACUAUGACUGAAAUGAAAGGAUAAUAUUCUUUAUAUAACAAUUUUUAUGAGAAUUUCAAACUAAUAAUACAUAUUCGGAUUUUCAUUCUAGUUUUUACAAAAAAAUAUUUGUUGUAUUGUAUUUACCUUGUAUUUCCUUUUCCAAAGAUGUUUUUUAUAAUGAUGAUAAUACAAAAACAAUGAUAUAUUUUGGUUAGAAAACUUUUUCGAUAUAUUCCAAAUUUUAGAGUUUUGCUCCCGCUCUUCUAGACAGUGUAAUUUUUACAAAAAUAUUUGAAUAAAAAUAUGUUAGUCUUCAAAUCAGUAAUUUUUUAUUAGGUGGAAUAAAUUUCAUCAUCUAAAUCCUCUUAUUUCAGUAUGAUUGAGGUUCACCAAUACUACACUAGUUAAUCAUAUUGUGUUGUGAAUUUUUAAUUUGCAUUAUUAAUCGUUGAUAACAUUUAUGUCUUGUUGAAAUCAAUUUUUGUUAUUGUCAUUGGAUAUAUAUUGUUUUUAUAAAAUACUAAACUACUUAUAUAUUUAUAAUUUCUAGUAACCAAUUUUUUCGAACUAUAUAGUUUCUUAUGUUGGUAACUUGUAUAAGUCUUGCACAGUUAUACCAUUAUUAAUAUUUUUAGAUAAUAUUAAAAAAUGAACUCAAGUUUAAUAAUAACACUAGGCAACAGAAAAAUUAUCAAUUUUAUUCUCUGGAUAACAUUAGUCUACAAGCAGUGCUAGUUCCAAUUUUCCUUGGUAGCGCUUUUCAAUUGUGGUGUGAUCUUGAUGAAAGCGCUCUCCAUGCUCGUCACUUAAAGCGACAAUAUUUUCCGGAAAAUCUUUAGGUGGGAAUGUAAAAAGUUUAUUUUCAAGGAAAUAUUACAUCCCAAUUCAUGAUCAUUGAGCAUUUUUUAAGAAGUCAGAAUAUUGAGAUCUGUAGUUAACAAAAAAGUUUUCAGUAAAUUUGACAAUCGCCAUCCAAUCUUCUCUUGUUUUUUUCAUUCAAGGUGUCGGAUCUUUGCCUAAUUUUUUGAUGUCGGGUUCGACAAAUACACAGAAGGAAAUUUUUGUUUUAAAAAUUUGAAACCAGAUCCAUCUUUGUUUAUGGUUUUCACUAAAUUUAGCACUAAUUUGAUGUACAAAGGUAAUAUCAUUUUUCUAAGGUUAACUAAAGGAUCAUUUUUCAAAUUUUUUGCCCAGAAAUGUAGACCGUUCUUGGCGGCCAUAUUGAUCUUACAUAUGUUCAUUUCUUUCUCGGUUCCACCCGCAUAAAAAGCAAUAGUAUUUCAUGUAUCCAAUUUUUAUUUCUAAAACCAAAGCAAAAAUUUUCAAAUUUGCACAUAUCACUCAUUUUGUUUGCUGUAUUCUAUCAAUUUUAACACUACUCUUAUAAUGUAUGUUUCUCUUAAAUGAGCUCCGUAAACUAAAGGUGGUGAUGGAAAUUUAUUUUUGUUAUCGAGCAAUAUAGCCUCUAGACUCGACUUUAAGCAUUAAAUAAAGAGUCUCAUUAAGCCCUCAAUGUCAAUACAGUUCAUUCAGUUGUUCUCUUUAGAAAAAAAAAUUAACAUAUGAACUGUGACGUUUACGGUACACGGUAACUUUUAACUCCCGUCUAGCAGAUUCCACUGUUGCAGUCUUGAACUUAACUCUUCAGCUUUUUCUUUGGGCAAAUCCAAAUAUCUUAUGAGAUAAUUAGGCUUCAAUUGGUUUAUCAAAUGCGGUGCUUGAUGAAUGACAGGAGUUGUAAUUCUGUUUCAAUUUCUUCGUUUUCAGAACUGCUUGAACUUUCCUCAACACCAUAAAUUGGAGAAGGCACAGAAACUUUUAUCGAAUGGAGGAAUGUUUUUGAUACAAAAGACACCUCCGCGUAGUUUAAUGAUUGCUGCGAGUUUCUCGAAAAGCGGUUGAUAUUGGUGAAGCAAAAAUAAUAGCCACUCAUGUGAUUGGUAGAUCUACGCCAUAUCCUGAUUUACCAAAAGGCAUUGCUGAAUAUUGUGCAUUAAACCAACCUAGCAAAUUUCUGUGAUACGAGAUACAGAAGAUAUGUGGCACCUAAUAUUUAUUCUGGUUACGAUAAUCCAGGUUGAAAUAUGCACGAGAGCACUUAUUAAUUAAAAAAAUCUUUUUUGGUAUCCAGGUGUAUAUUAACCGCAAAUGUAACAAAAUAGUCGGGAGAAUUAACACAUUAGCGUGACAUUUCACAUGAUUCAGCUGUCAAAUAACUUCCAAAGGUGACUUUGCAAAAAUAAUUGAUGAAAACUCUGAGCUAUUUACAGAUUAUAACGGAAAAGUGACAAUUUGAAAAAAUUAUGAAACGAUUUUAGACGUAAAUGACAAAAACUGAUAUUUUUUGUGUUAACUUUUGAGACGCUACCAAUAAAAUGCACAACAGAUUUGGUUUGAGUAACUUUGAAGGUUGCCUAGUAUAAAUGAUAUCUUGAAGAAAUCUCAUUAAGUAGAAGAAUUAGAAUAUUAGAUUUAUAAUUUAUAAAAUAAAUUACAUGAUAUAAAUAUCUUGAAAAUUUUAACCGGCUUAGCUAACCUUAUUCUGGUUGUGAUUAAUAAUUCUAUAGUGACUGAGACUAGAGGCUUUCUAAAUUUAAAAAUUCACUUUUUCACCAAAAAUUAGUUGUUUUGUUCCUCUUUAAUUUGAUAUAUGUUAAAAUAAUUCAAUAAAGGCUCUAUUAAAAGUUUUGAUUAUUGAUUGUUUUUCUUUUUGACAAUUUGCACUAUUAAAAAUUCAUAUUUAAUAACAACAAUGUAAAAUUGUGGAGUUGUAUUAUCGCUAUUUUUUAUAUUACUUCUUUAUCUUUUUCAUAGUGGCAAAUUCUUAUAACAACGCCAAUUAUUCAACAAUAUAUUAUGUUUAUUCAAAAAUAUUGUUAUUUUUUGUUAUCAUUUAAUUUUUAUGAACUGUUAUUUUUCUAUAAUUAGAAAAAAAUUAUAUUUAAUAACAUCAAAAAUUACAACUCAUGUUAUCUGUCUGUAGGUUAUCAUAUUCUUGAUAAUUUUUAUCAUAUAUUCUGGGUGACUCAAACAGACAGAUCGUAGCAUUUUUUCACUAUACCUAGAAUAUUUGGUAAAAAUUAUAAACCUAAAAAUGGAAAAACGGACAUUUUCAGGUUUAAUCUCUUUUAAAAGGUUUGCCGUUUUUAAUAAUGAAAUCAUUACAAACUAUUUUCGGUGGUUUAUCAUUCCAUAUUUUUUUAAUAUUUUUUUUUUCUGCAAGAUAGCCACUAUUGUUUUGUUUCCACAUCUUUAUAUCACCACAAAUACUCAUUCAGAAAUCUAUAUGCAUCAUGUAAAAUCGAACCCAUAAUAUACUUUGCUUUAAUCUCAGAAAAUUUGUUAUUUUGACAUAAAGGACCUCGGCAAAAAAUCAAGUACGUAUAGACGUUCGUAAAAAGAAAUUAUUGAUUACAUCAACGCUUGAUCUUAUUAAAAUUCAAGCAUUCGUUACAAAAACAACCAUAUUCCUUUGUCUUAUAGAAAAUCAAAGGAAAACGUAUUAUUCCAACUUGGAAAAAUAAACAAGCGCUAACAAACGAAAUUUCCGGUAUGUGCAUCAUUUGUUUUGUAUCACGCUUGUAUUUGUAGAAACUUGAAUAAACUCUAUUCUAUUGUUUUAAACAAGGGCCAUUUUUGCGUUAGAGAAAUGAUUAUGAAUUAUGAAACAAAAUAAAUUAUUAUUAACUGGAGUACAAAUAUAUGGAUAUUAAAAGAAUUAGUAACAUUAUAAUUACCUUGUGACUAUAUAGAAAAUUAUGAUAAAUAGACUUUAUUCUCUUUGAUCUUGAGAACAACAUUUGUUUUGCUAAAAUGCAGCUCUUGAGUCAAUAAGGUGUGAAAGCCCUUGUUAUACCAAAAUAUAUGAUUACGAACUUUGAUGUUAUCAUAAGAAACGCCUCAAUUAAGAGACAGAAACAAUAUAAAUUGACAUCAAAUAUGAAAUUAGAACAUAGAAAAAUCUCUACACGCAAAUUCUCAAUUUUAUUCUUUUAACCAAAUGGUAUUACGCAGAAUAUUAAAUAUUAUACAUAUACUGUUUUAUCAGAAACGCUUCAAUUAAGGGACAUAUCGACGGUUAAAGGGCAAUAUUUUUUAUUAAAUUUUACAGAAUAGCCGAAAAAGUGCUAUUUUUUACGUUUUUUAUUUAUUUUGCAACUGGGGCAUGUGAAAUUGCUUUCUUGACGACAUUUAGAAUAUUAUUAGUUUUUAUUUCAUAUUAUAUAUAUAGUGCUCUUCAUACGAGGUAUUGCGUCAGAUAUGAAAAGCAAUACGAGGUACUGCAUUGAUAAAAUAGGGUAAGUGUAAGGAGAAAAAUUGUCAUUUUUUGAAUUGUAAAUUUUAAUCAAAAAAUGGUAACUUGAAAGCAUGAAACAACAAAAAAGCUAAACUUAAUUAAACAAAAUACUGUUUCAUAGUAACUCUUAUGAAAAAACAGAAAGCUAAACUUAUAGAAGAUUGUCUACAAUUUAUUUAUACUGCAGGCUCUCAUAAUACGACGAGUCUUUAGGAAUAACCGCGUAAUCUCGUUAAGGCGACCAAACUUUUUUUUCGAAAUUUUUUGUAGUCUAUUCUAUAAACUUAUUUAAAUUUUGAUUCAAUUUAAAUUUAUCUUCAAAUUAAUUUCUCCCUUGGCAGGAUAAAAAUCUGGUAAUAAAAGCCCUAUUUUAAUUGAAUUCGCGACGGAAUUAGAAUAAAUCAAAGUGUUUAUUCGAUAAGGUGCAAUAUAAAGGUACCUCUGUAACGAUAAUAUUAAUAAUUGAAUAUGUACUUACCUCAAAAACGUCCAAAACCUUAAAACACCACUCUCAACGCAACUCUUAUGGAAAACAACAAUGUCGGAUAGGAGAAACGAGCUUUUUUAGUUGUCGUCGGUAGAUGGCGGUAGCUGAAUUGAAAUUAUCGUCACACACGAGGUACUGCACUUUAGCCGUCGAUAUGCAUCGAUUAAUAUUUAUGAAAUAAUUAUUAGCAGGCGAAAAUGUGGAAAAAUCACUGCAGGAAAAAUAUUCAUGAUGGAAAAUCAAUAUUUAAUCACUGCAUUUUGUAAUUAAGAACAUGAAUGUCUUUCAAAAAAAUUGUCAAGUAUAUUUUGCUGUAGUAAAACAUCUAUAAUGUCAGUAUAAAAUCUCCCAAAUUUGCCUUACAACUAUUUACGUCUUUUGGUUCUAGAAACAUCUUGCUGAAACUUAUAAGUACAAUCUUAUUGCUUAUUGAAAAAUUCGAACUUAUCAUACUUGCAUAGUAUUCAAAAGUUGUUCAAUACAUCAGAAAUAAAGCAUUUAGAACUUACAUGCAGAAUAUCUAAAUUUUUGUUGAAAAUUAGAGUAGAACGUUUCAUUCCUUCGCACAUUUCACGCAAAAAUAGCUCAGUAUCAUGGUUCUAAAAAACUACAGGGUGAGCCAAAUAAGACCUAACAAUGUGUAACUCUUGUAUGAACCAAUUAUUUUGAUUGAUACAUAGAUUUGUUUUUUGGGUCAAAGGUUAAUCUAAAUUUUCUAAAAUCGCACCCGCCAAAAAUUUCAUGCAGUGGGUCAUAGUUUGUCUAAGACAGUUGCAUCAUCUUAUUGAAAAUUCAAAUAAGGAUUUUGCUCCGGCAUUGGUCGUAAAAAGUUUUCAAUCAUUGUUCUGAAAAAAGCUUUAGAAAUCGCUUGAAGGAUUGCAUCUUCAUCAUCGAAAAAAUAUCAGUCAUAAUACUGCACAAAAUAUAUCUUAUGUGUGCAACUGAUGUUCAGAGCCCCUAAAAUCAACAGUUUUAGUUGUUAACAUAACAAUUUAAUUGGAAAUGCGUUCCAUACGACAUCGAAGCAUCAUUUAAUAUAGUCUUUGUUGGUCGUCUUUGUGUAUCUGAACAUCCAAGAUUGAAAUUCUACGCAAUGACGUUCUGAAAAGGCCCAAUUGGCUAGAACGAUUACUACAUGAAACUGUCAUUUACAAAACUCAACCCCAGUGUCCAUGUUGUCUGCAGUGUGAAUAUUUCAAUGGGUACCUCUUCUAGGACGGUUGGCCACUAAACCUAGUUCUUAGAAAUGACCGACCAAACUCCUAUCAUGAAGAAUGUAGAUGAUAUUGGAUUAAGUUAUUAACGAUUUUUCGCUGCGUCAUAACUAUCGGUCGUUGAUAACAAUAGAAUAACUCGAUAAUUUUAACGUUUUGUUCUAUAAGGUUCUAUAAUAAAUUUUCAACAAGAAAAAAAUAAUUAUAUCACGAAAAAGUUAUUUAACAUUGGUAAUUUUUAUUUGGCCCACCCAGUAUAACGCCCGAGAUGUAACAAAAUCUUUUUUCAUUAAUAAAAUUGGACCAAACAAGUGAGGAAUAAAUAAAUUGAUUCAAAUUAAAUAUGAGUUACCCUCAAUAUGUAUAUAGAUUAAUGUCUAAUAUCUGUAAAGAAACUCGUCCACUCUACCAUAGAUACAGAAGACGGGUUUCACAGAAUCGAAUAUUUUAAGUUAAUACAAGUUUCUUAGGCAACGUAUAAAAUCUGUGAAAUUAUGAAUAAAUACAGUUCGAAUAUCGAAACGAUAUUUUUUACAAAUAUCAAUAUUAUGUAAAACAAAACAUCACUGAGAAAAUUAUAUAGUAGUACAAUAUGGGUUCGAAAUUAGUUUCAUUAUUAUGCCUGUUAAUUAGAAGUCUGGCAGCAUAAAGGUGCUUCUUAGACACUAAAGGUGCCUUAAUCUCAUUUUUUCUUUCUAUACAUUCUUUGUAAAAAAUUAUUUGGCACCUCAAAUUAUUUCAACACAUAGUUUGAAUAAUUGAAAAACAUCGGUUUGAACAAAAA